GAAUUAAUCUUAUCAGUAAAUCAACUUGUUCCGAUUCCCUAGCUGUUGCUGCUGUCUUAAAUCUUCAAAAAUUUCAAUUUUCUUUCAGGUUAUUAUACCUAGCCAGUCACCAGUCAGUUUGAUUAAUAAUUAUAUAUUUUAAUAAAGAAACGAUAAUUAGUCUAGUAUAAUAUGUUAACUCGUUGACCAAACACAAACAUCUAGUGUACAACUACUAUGUAAACGAAUGCAGUAAACAUUUAAGUACACCGACAUACAAAUAAAAUUAUUUCUCAUGUAUACUGUAGCAAAAAAUAUUCGUUCAAUCCGUUAUUUUAACAGAUUCUAUUCUGAUGAAGCAACUAAAAUUAAAAAAUCCGUAUUUCUGCCCGCGUCAAAAUUUAAAAGUUGGCUAAAUACAGGACAAACAUUACAAAGAGAUAAACAAAUUUAUAAAAGCUGCGGUUUUUCCGAUUUGUAUUCUUGGCAAAGAGAGCAUUUAAAUAAUAAUGAGUAUUUAUUGCACGAUGGACCACCAUAUGCUAAUGGUUCUCCACACAUGGGACAUGCUAUAAAUAAGAUUCUUAAAGAUGUUACGAUACGGCAUAAACUUGUAAAUGGAACUAAAGUAAACUAUGUGCCUGGGUGGGACUGCCACGGUCUGCCUAUUGAACAAAAAGUACAAAAUAUGAACAAAGAUAAAUGGAAAAAUUUUAGUCCUCUCGAAAUACGACAAAAAGCUAGAGUGUAUGCUUCAAAAGAAAUAGAAAAACAAAAGGCAGUUUUCAAGUCAUGGGGCAUACUUGCUGAUUGGGAAAAUAACUGUUAUUAUACUUAUGACAAAAAAUAUGUUUGUAAACAAUUACGCCAGUUUUACAACCUCUAUAAAAAAGGAUUAAUUUACAGAGAUCUUAAACCAGUAUACUGGUCACCAUCCUCCAAGAGUGCACUAGCUGAAGCCGAACUAGAGUACAAUCCAAACCACAUAAGUAAAUCUGUAACUGUUAAACUUGAGCUGUGUGAUUCUACCUUGCCGGCUGAGUUUAGAGAUCAUGACAAUGAAUCUGUAUUUGCGCUCAUUUGGACUACAACACCUUGGACUUUACCCGGUAACGCUGCCGUAGUUUACUCUCCAACGAUGAACUAUUCACUCGUAAAGAUUACCGACUUGUGUGGCACCUAUUUGUUAGCAACCGAUUUGGUAGACAAUUUAAGUGCUAAGCUAGAAAAACCUAUUCGCGUCGUUGUAACGCUUAAAGGUGAUCGUCUAAGUGGAUUGAAAUAUAAAAGUUUGACACCUGGAAAAAAUGACAUGUCGUUUGUCGCCGGCGACCACGUGACCACAGACAAAGGAACGGGACUGAUUCACACCGCUCCUGCGUAUGGGCACGAAGAUUUUUUGAUUGCGUUAAAAUAUCAAAUUCCCGUUAAAUGUGAUGUGGACGAACACGGCGUUUUCACAAAUCGAGCGUGGCCUCAACUAGUGGGCCUUUCAGUUUUGGAUAAAGGAAAUGAGACCGUAUGCUCGUUGUUAUUCGAUCAAAUACUACACACGGAAAUGUACAAACACAGUUAUCCGUACGACUGGCGUACCAAAUUGCCAGUUAUUGUUCGGGCGAGCAAACAAUGGUUUUUGGAUACAGAAGCCAUUAAAAGUCUUUCUAUUGAAUCUGUGAAAAAUGUAAAAAUAUAUCCGGAACAAAGUGGUGGUCGCAACGCGCUUUUAUCGUUGAUUAAAAAGCGCCCUUAUUGGUGCAUUUCCAGACAACGUUCGUGGGGUGUGCCCAUUCCGGUUCUGUUCGAUAGUUCAGAUAAUGAAAUCAUAGACGAAAAACUUUUGGAAAAUUAUAAUAAAUUAUUAGAAGAAUCGGGAUUAGACUUUUGGUGGACUGAGGAUGUACAAAAACUCGUAUCUAAUACAUCAUAUCAGUCGUCUGAGCUCAAGAAAGGAUAUGAUAUUUUGGAUAUAUGGUUUGAUAGUGGUAUAUCUUGGAGUUGUGUACUCGGCGAUGAUAAAAUUGCAGAUUUAUAUAUGGAAGGCGUCGAUCAAUGCACCGGCUGGUUCCAGUCGUCCCUCAUGUCGUCGAUUGCACUGAGAAAUGUCUCUCCUUUUAAAACAUUGUUCGUACAUGGUUUUGUUGUGGACGAAAAAGGAAGAAAAAUGUCUAAAUCCAUUGGAAAUGUAAUUGAUCCUCAAGAUAUUAUCAAUGGAAAGUACGAGAAAUCGAUAAGCGGAAUCGAUAUUCUGAGGUGGUGGGUAGCUAGACACGGGUGCCAUCAAACAAAUAUUCCUAUUUCAAAAGAAACUAUGCUCGAUUGUAAACAGUCGGUUGAUAAACUUCGUCGCAUUAUUCAAUUUUUACUCGGCUCGUUAAACGGACAUACACAAGACAAUUUUGAUUAUGGCCUCAAUCACCUAAAUUAUUUAGACAAGUAUAUUAUUUUAGAACUUCAAGCGUUCGAUCAUGAAGCAAAUUUAUACUACGACACUUUCGAGUACAACAAAAUAUGUGCCAAGCUAUUGAAUUUUGUCGCUAACCAAGUGUCCGGUUUAUACAUUCAUCUUAUAAAAGAUCGAUUGUACUGUAAUCCCAUCGAGUCGGACGAACGAUUGGCGUGUACAACAACACUCCAAGCUAUAUUCGAAAUGCUCCUUAAACACGUUGCACCGAUUUUACCACAUCUAGCUGAAGAGGCGUACGCUGUUUAUCCAUUAAAAAGAUCUACUUACUUUAAAUCGUCAAAAUUCAAUAUCGAUCUGAUAGAAAUUCACGAUUCCGAACAAGUAGAACUUAUUAUGAAUACAGUUUUUACGUUAAAAACUGAAGUGACAAAUUUAUUAAAAGGAAAAAAUUCUCUUCAACAUUCGAUUGUCAUCGGUGCACCGGAAGAAACUUUACAAUUAUUGCAGAUUUUGCAUCCAGACGAUAGCGAUCAAUUUUCGCAAUUAAUCGAACUCUAUCAAGUGAACUCGAUCAAACUAGAAGCUAGCGAUACAAUUGACGUUAAAGAAGCCGAGUUCAAUGGAAUUCUGUGUAAGAGAUGUCGUAAAUGGACAGCACAUUCGCAGGACGUAUUGUGUAAACGAUGUGAAACGACAGUUGAUAGUUUUUAUUCCAAAAGGGAAUUGCUAGCCGGUUAAAUAAAGCGAGCUCGACAUAGUUGGCGGGAAAUAGUCCAUACUGGCCUUUGCAUAGUCCUCGCCACCAACCUUCGUCGAUCUGUAAAAAAAGAAAUAAUAUUUUGUUAACACGUUUGUAUAUUUUGUUAAGUAUAUUGUUAAAUGAUUUAUUAUUUUUUUUUUUU